CGUUAAACUGUCUUUCUUUUCUGUUUUUCUCUGGUUUUUUUUUGACAUAUUCUUUGGUCGAUGAAAAAAUGUGGGUGAAGAAGAGAAUUUGAAAAGAAAAUUUGGUUUCAGUUUUUGAUGGUGAAAAAGAAGGGGGUGUUGUUGGAUUGUACUAUUGGCUAAGAAAAAGUGAGUUGAAAAGGCGUUUGAGGAGAUAAUGCUGUGGGCCAAGGAGAAUAGAAGAAUAUCUAGUAUUAUUGAUGCCACUAAAGACACUAAUAAUGGAGAUGGAAUUUAGGAGACAUACUGAAUUGUCAACAACACUAGGCUUUAUUAUGUCUAGAAAAGUAGGACUAUAUGAUAUGAGAAUAUUUUUUAUACAGGUUAUAGUGAAGUGGUCACUUGUGAUGGCCAGGAUAGCGAAAGAAUGCUAUAGAGUAUGAUGGUGCAAGUAUGGAGGGGGUAAAAUUCUUGGAAUUUAACCUCGUGGGGGUUGGCCUAAUGGUUAAGGACUUGCGGGUUUGCCUGAGUCGUAUGAAUUAGGUGCACGCUACGGGUUGAAUUCUCAACAUUGUUAGGUGCAGAUAAUUCCAUGUUGGGGCCACAAUCGUGGACUUUCGUUUGAGCUUUCCCACGUGUGCGGGGGUGGGGUGUUGCGUGUGCUAGCUAGGAGGACUAGUCGAGCCAUAUGGUCUCGAUACCUUUGCUAUCAUAUAAAAAAUUGAAGGAAUUUAACUGGAAUAUUAAUGUAGGAGAAUGAUGCAGUUUAAGAUGUCAGCAAGUAGGUUUACUUGACUGACCUUCAUUGUUUGCACGGGGGCUUUAGGAUUUUGUAGCUUAAAAAAUUGUGCUGAGAUGGAUGAAGGCAUGAGUGUUCUGACAUGAUGGCGAGCAUACAGAAUAACAGAUCCUGUAGAAUGUGAUGCCUGAUACUUACAAGAGGUAUAAACUUGGUUGGAUUGUAAAGAACAUGCUUGUUCAUGUCAGCUUAGGCCUUAGUGAACGAUCAAUCUUUGAGGAAGCCUUAUAUAUAGCUUUGGUUCUAUUUGUUUCCCUGAAAAAAUAAGUUAUUUGGGAGAUUGUUUUUCCUGCAGAGGAAAGUUUGUUCUCCAAUUUUCCUGAUUAUUGGAAUGUUCAUUCCAAUAUUUUUGGGACCCAGCGAAAAAAACCACUGAAAGUAUGAGUCUUCCUGGGAUUUCAUUGCUUACCUAGCCUUUCCUGAAAAGUUCUCUUGGUAAUGUUCAACAAAGCAGCCCUUUCUUCUUACAGUUUCCCAUAUGCAAACGUCAUCACACUCUUUCAGAUGCUAUGUUCAUGCUUAUUCCUUUAUGUAUUGAAAUUCUGGAAGAUCAUAUCUUUUACAACUAGUGAACCGCAGAACAUGUCUAACAACCCAGCAAGACUUGUAUCAUUUAAGACAUUGCUUCACUCCCUUCCCCUGGCGUUGUCAUAUCUGCUUUACAUGCUGAUCACAAUGGAAUCUGUACGUGCCAUAAAUGUUCCCAUGUACACCACCCUUAGGAGGACUACCGUGGCUUUCACAAUGAUUGUGGAGUUUCUUUUGACAGGACAGAAACAUUCCUUGCGUGUUGUUGGCAGUGUUGGGAUAAUCAUACUUGGUGCAUUUGUUGCUGGAGCUCGAGAUUUGUCAUUCGAUGCUUAUGGCUAUGCCAUUGUCUUUGUAGCAAACAUUUGUACAGCAGUAUAUCUUGCUUCUAUUGCUCGAAUUGGUAAAUCUAGUGGCCUCAAUAGCUUUGGUCUUAUGUGGUGCAAUGGUAUAAUUUGUGGACCAAUCUUGCUGUUCUGGACAUCAAUUAGAGGAGAUUUGGAAGCAAUGAGGAACUUUCCCUCUCUCUUCUCACCAGGAUUUCAGGUGGUGAUGCUUCUUUCCUGUAUCAUGGCUUUCCUAAUUAAUUAUUUUGUGUUUAUGAAUACAACACUAAAUUCAGCUUUGACACAGACUAUCUGUGGUAAUUUGAAGGAUCUUUUUACCAUUGGAUUUGGCUGGAUACUAUUUGGUGGGCUUCCAUUUGACUUGUUGAACGUUGUUGGCCAGUCCCUUGGUUUCUUUGGAUCUUGCUUGUAUGCCUACUGCAAACUGAAAGGGCAAUAAAUGCCGAAACUGCUGCUUAGCAGAGGUAUACUGGGGGAAAAUUGCUCAAAUGGUAGAUCACUAGUGCCUUCAUUCAAUUGCCAACUUUUUUGUUUCUAGUUAUAGCAGACACAAGGGAAUGUUACCUCAUGUCUUAUGUAGAUAACUUUUCUUCAUAAUAUGCAAGAUGUUGGCUGCUCCACCAUUGAAUA